UCCCGCUAUUCCCCAACUCUCACCGUCAUUCCCAACCCUGGGGAACAUGCCGUGCCAGGCUGGGAGCAUCCCACAUCCCGCAGGCCCUAGGAUGAGCAGCCGCAGCGCGCCGUGCCAUGAAUUAUUGAGGCAGGGGGAAAAGGUGGAUUUUGGCGUUUUCCGGGGCCGCGUGGUCCUGAUCGAGAACGUGGCUUCGCUCUGAGGCACCACGGUGCGGGAUUACACCCAGCUCAACCAGCUCCAAGCCCGCUACCCCCGGCGGCUGGUCGUGCUGGGCUUCCCCUGUAACCAGUUUGGAUACCAGGAGAACGGCACCAAUGAGGAGAUCCUCAACACCCUGAAGCACGUGCGGCCUGGGGGUGGCUUCGAGCCCAACUUCACCCUGUUCCAGAAGUGCCAGGUGAACGGGAGUGACACCCAUCCCGUGUUCGCCUACCUCAAGGCUCACCUGCCCGCACCGGCCGACGAGCCUGCACACCUGAUGGCCGAGCCCCGCUUUGUCGUCUGGAGCCCCGUGCGGCGCUCCGACAUCUCCUGGAAUUUUGAGAAGUUCCUGGUGGGGCCUGAGGGGGAACCGUUCCGGCGCUACAGCCCACGCAUGCCCACGGCCCAGCUGGAGCCCGACAUCCAGCGUCUCCUCAAGCUGGCCAAGUAAUCCUAGCUCCGGUGUGAUCCUGGCUCCGGUGUGAUCCUGGCUCCGGUGUGAUCCUGGCUCCGGCGUCACCCCGGGAUGGCCCCAGCUCUCCGCAGAGUGACAGCCUCCUCUGAAACCUCCACGGGGAGGGGGCUUGAUGGGGGCAGAGGGUUGGAGCCGCCGGGGCGGCGUGGGCUGGUGGCAAUAAAUGAGCCGCAGGGAGCGUGCCUGGA